GCUAAUCACAUUGACUGUAUUUAUUAUUACAAUACAGGUCAUACAAUUUUUAUAGAGUGAUGUUUGGCGUGAAAAUAUAUAAAAUUGCAUGUAUCAUCUCUAUUAUUAAUUCUCUUUUAAUGUAAUGCUUUGCUUUCGUCGGCUAAUUUCUGUUUAUUGUGUAGUCUUCACUACUAAAAUCCUUCUCUUUCCUUCCACGUUACUGUGCAUGGCGACUAACAUUCUUUUACACAAACAUUACAUUACAAAAAUUGUAGGAACAGAAUGUUUCAAGUAAAUUCUAUCUUACCACAACAAUAUGAAACAUUCGUUUAGGACUAUAAAGUAAUUUGUUAAUGGUAUUGUAGAUGCUGGACUAUUAAACCAACCGAUUCAAUACAAUUUUAACAUUAUCAAACCAGAACCAAUGGACAGGAUAUCUCCAUAUGGUGGUUCAGUUGCCAGUGGAAGUUCUUUUCCACUUUAUUCCAUUGGGUCUACUUCCCCACAGUCACAGUCUACAAUGCAAACACUGAGGCCUCAAGUAUCUCCAGGUCGUACACCAUCGCCAAUGGAAUACAGCCCUUACACCCCACAUCUUAUUCAACCGCAACUAUCGCCUCAAUACCAAUCAACAAAUAGUCAUGUAGUACAACAACCGACAACAGGAACACACAUACAACAACCAUUCCCAUACGUACACGAUACGUUACAGCCACAACCGCAAGAACAAUUGAUAUUGAACAGAGUAACAUCCGGCUAUCAAGAAUUGCAAACGUUGGACAAUGCUGGUGGAGUAGACGGGACAGACGUUACCAGUGUUUUAGAUAUGGACAAUCAACAUUAUAAUUUUGACUUAAGUCUGAAUCAGCUUGAUUCAGCAGAACUCGCUGCUUUUGGUACCGCUCUCUCUGAGAACUUAUCCAGUGGAUUGUCUAUCUCGGAUUCCAGUAAGCCUGAAACGAGCAAAGGGGCGAACCAAGGGACGAAUAAUGGAGAAAGCAGUAGCAUGACGGACAGUUUUACAAGAAUUACUGCAGAACUCUGCACUUUAAACAGCAUGUACAAACCGAGACAGGAAGUUGACGAUUAAAAAAUAUGUGUAAAUUUUAUCAACCUUUGUACCAAUGUGAACAACAGAAGUACGUUGUAAAACGUUAGCCAGACAUUCUUGUUAGGGAAUAUAUUACAAAAGUGAUUAGUAUUUAAUUGGUUGUGAUAGAAACUGCAUCACCGAUUGUAUAUUGU